GUGAUAUUUCAGGAAUCUUAAGAGAUCCAGAAAAGCGAGUGACUGGCAGGGAGAGGAAGAAUCACAGCAUCCCUGCACAUGAGGCUGACGGCGAAUGGAGGAGGCAAGAGAGAUGUAGUUGAUGCUUCCAAUGCGAACAGUAAGCUGCCACGCUGUGAGCUGUGAGUCCUGCACCUGGGCCAGGAUGUGAGAUCGAUGGUGUGACAACAAAGGCCGUUAUUGAGCUACAGCCAUCGUGCAUCCUCUGAUCACCACAACACAUAAAAACAUUAUUUGUGUAGUAAAGGAAAGAGACAUUAUGUCUAUGUGCUGUUGAUAAUUGAAUCCCUCUUGGCUUCCACUUAAUGAUUGAUGACACUGCACCUCAUCUUUUACAGUUUGCAGACACAACUUAAAGAACCCUGGUCCAAAUGAUUAAUCUCAGCUCCUCAUAACAAACUCAUACGUCUAAAUCAGCUUCUGUGUAACUGUGGGGAUUAUGAGGCCAACUUUAGAGCUUCUACAGUCCCAGUGUCUCCUGUGUGUGUUUGUUGGCGUGUGUGUGCCCACUGUUGUGGGCUCACUACCUCACACGCUGCCAUGGCACGUCUCAUGCCCGGUGCGGUGUGUGUGUCAGAUCAAGCCGUGGUUCUCCCCUGAUUCGGUCUACCAUGAAGCUCCCACUGUGGACUGCAACGACCUGCUGUUGACCACGCUCCCCUUGCCUAUACCCCCGAACACGCACACCCUGCGCCUGCAGAGCAACCUGCUCUCUGAGCUUGACACUGAGGUGUUGCACAGGCUCCCCAACCUCACCGACCUUGACCUUUCCCAGAAUCGCUUCAGUCGUGUCAGGCCAAUAACUCAGGGCUCUUCCCUGCCCUCUCUGCUGUCUCUUCAUCUGGAUGAAAACCAUCUCAGUCACCUCCCUGAGUCCUCUUUCUCCUCACUGCCAGCUCUGCAAGAACUCUUUCUCAGCCACAACAACUUGCAUUCAAUCGCCCCUGGAGCCUUCAUUGGUCUGGACUCUCUACUGCGUCUUCAUAUCAACAACAACAGACUCGCCACCAUCAACCCUUUGUGGUUCAGGGCUUUGCCCAGCUUGGAAGUUCUCAUGCUUGGGGGAAACCCAGUGGCGGCUCUUCCUGAAAAAGGCUUCCUGGCUCUAAAAUCCCUCAGGAGUCUUGUGCUUGGGGGGAUGGGUCUGAGAGGCCUGGCUGAGGAAGCGUUGGACGGGCUGGACGGCUUGGAGAGCCUCUCCUUCUAUGAUAACCUGUUGACCAAGGUCCCCACCAAGGCGCUGAGGAGAGUGCCCGGACUGAAGUUCCUCGACCUCAACAAGAACCGAAUCAAACUGAUCGAGACAGGAGAUUUCCGAGAUAUGGUCCACCUGAAGGAGCUCGGCCUGAACAACAUGGACGAUCUUGUUUCUAUUGAGGAAGCCGCUCUGGAGAAUCUUCCUGAGCUCACCAAGCUGGAGAUCACCAACAACCCUCGUCUGUCCUACAUUCACCCAAAGGCUUUCCUCCAGCUAAGCAGGUUGGAGAGUCUCAUGCUCAACUCCAACUCUCUCAGCGCUCUGCACCAGCACAUCAUGGUCUCUCUGCCCAGUCUGCAGGAAGUCAGCCUCCACUCCAACCCACUACGAUGUGACUGCUUGUUUCACUGGGCGGCCUUGCAGAAAGACACACAAACGGAUACAGUGGCAGCUCGCAUGGUGCGUUUCAUCCAACCACAGGCCACCUUGUGCUCUGAACCACCAGAGCUCAGAGCUCGCAGAGUGAGAGAGGUGUCUUCUAGGGAGAUGUCAGCCUUCUGCCUCCCUAUCAUCCCUGCCAGCUCCCUCCCAUCCUAUAUGGGAGUAAGAGAGGGAGGCAAACUGGUUUUGCACUGCAGAGGUCUUGCUGAUCCACAGCCUGAUAUGUACUGGGUGACUCCCUCUGGGCUGAGACUUAGUCCUACACCCAGACUCGCAACCAAAGGUUUACAAACUCCGGCUCCCUGCCCCAGGCUGACACCCUCUGAGGGACUCAACCACACAUCCUCCUCAAGCCAUGCUAGAAAUGAUACUGCCUGUAACCCCUCCAAACACUACCGGCUACUUCCUGAGGGAACGCUGGAGAUCAACAAGGUCACUCCCAGCGAGGCCGGAUUAUAUACCUGUGUUGCUGAGAAUGUGCUAGGAGCAGAUACACGCAGCGUAACUGUGGGUGUGCACAGCAGAAAAAAGAACAGAAAAGGGGCCAAGUCCGCUAAUCUGAAGGGAUUUCCAUUAUUCAGAGUGGAUGCGGGGUUGGAAGUGAGGGAGGUCGAACAACAUUAUGCUGUGUUGUCCUGGCUGAGUAGGCGCAACCUCCCUUCCACUCGCCUUUCCUGGCAAGCCAUAUACUCAAACGCCCACACUCCUAUAUACACUACACGCAUCUUGGCUGGCACGCAGAGUUUCAACCUGACCCACCUGCAGGCACAGACCUUUUAUCGCGUGUGCCUCCAUUUAGGGACUGUCCACGAUGUCAAGCAUGCCAACAGGAGGUUGAGCGAGAGUGGUAAUUCUCAGUGUGCCUCAUUCAAGACGAAGGAUAUCCCAGAGCCCAAGCCCAGCCUGCAGCUCAGCCCGGAGCUGACUUCCACUGCAGUCACACUUCUGCUGCUCACGCUCAUAUUGCUGCUGCUUGCAGGUCAGAGCUGGGACACUCUGCCCAAGGAGGGGGCUCAAGAGAUCCACAAUACUCUUCUGCUGGAAAUCAAAAGUCCCAAGGCUCUGAUCAUCAAUCAUAACACACAAGAGAGCAACGGACAUCAGGCCAAGCAGAGUGAGAAACUGCUUUUACAUGAGGAUUGCUGAGAUCAUGUAAAUUGGAACAUGACAUGAGUAAAACACGGACAAAAACACUGACACACACGCAGACAGGCAAGCUAUCAAUGUAAAUAACAGGUAGAAGAAAGGAGUCAGAGAUCAGAGAAAUGCAGACAGAGAUUUGUAUUUAUUUUAUAUAAAGUAUAUAUUGACAUUGUUUCUGUGUUAUGUAAAGAAGGCCUAAACCCUUACUGGGGAAAUAAAACGGGACAAUCACACUCCUGCGGUGAACACAGGCGAAACAAAUGAGUCUGGGCAGCUGAUGAUCACUGGACUGAAACGGAAGAAAUCCAACCAAGGACAGAUCUUUUACAGAGAAGAGCUGCUCAGACCUCCAGGGUGUUCUUAAUGAUUCCUGUGUACAUGUUCUGCAGACUGAACCAAGCAGACAAAACUCUGCCUUCGGAAAUGACACUGAGUGAAAUUCCUGCUCGUUCUGGCCUUUGUAAAUCAACGUGAUUGAUGUCAACAACCCUUUUGCUUCGCUUGUUCAUAUAUGUAUACAGUAUAUAUACUCAUCCAGAAUAGCAGCCUAACAUCCGAGCAUAAACGUGAUCCAGAAUUGAUUGUGUUAUAGUCUAUUUUCAGCUAUUAAACAAUAAAUGAACAAUAAAAUCUUUUUAAUAUAUAGUCUUACUGUUUCAUAUCUACUCCUUACCACAAUCUGAGUUGAGAUUUCACUAAAAACUAAAAUGGCACUCAGUACAACGCAUAAGUCCAAAUGUUGACAAAUUUGGACUUCUAUAUUUAAGAAAAGUGGGAAACCAAUUUCACUUCCUAAUCUGGAUCUGCAGCUAAACCUUAUGAGUUCCUAUGGCUUUUGAUGUUUUUACAACAGACAGGGGUGAAAACAUAACCUCCUUGGCUGAGAAUAUGAUCAUUAACCAGCUGUUGAUCACAUCAGUGAACUGCACUAAACAUAAAGCGAGGGAUGACGGACAUUAACUCCCAUCAUACAAAUUGCAUUAUACUGAUCAUCUGCAGCAACAGCUCCUUCUUAUCUGUAUGCAGCUGAUGUUGCUCCACUGUAGAAAUAUGUCCAAUAAAAGCUCAGGAUCCCCGACUCCUACUCAUUAAACACAAGAGAAAGUGUGUCCCCCUGCUGGAUAAGACCAGGAACUGAACAGACGCUGCAGUCAAGACAAAGCCAAGGUUCACAUUUUUUAAAUCUUAAUAUUAUACUCACAUGUUUUUAACAAUUGUAUAACAAAUAUAAUCCUAGUACAGAGAUGAAUUCAGAUCAGCCACAUGUAAUAUUUCCUUUUUGUGCAUUUACAGAGCUGAGUUGUAACACUGAGGAGAAAUAGCCAGUAAAUAAUUUAUUAAAUUAAAACGAUUUUGUACCUGAUGUACAUCAGGUACUUAUACUUGAAUUUUUUCAUGUAAGCUUCUUUUUACCUUGAAUCCACUAUAUUUCAGAGGGACAUUUUAUAAUAAAUUGUAGGUAAAAUUACUUCCAAUGAAAAAAAUUAAGGUUUUACAUAGUAAAAUCUAAGUUGAGUUUAUAAUAUGGGAUUCGGGUUAGAGUAAAACUUCUUAUAUCAAAAUGAAUACCAAAUCAGUUAGUUAAUCCAAUGAUUUAUUUAUUUAAUGUAAUGACAGGGACCAGUCUGCCUUUACAAUGACUGCUUUUAUUGUGAUGCUUUUGGCCAUAAACUACCAUGGCCUUUAAGUGCAAAUCACAAAUGCAUAAACCUCAAACGGGAAAAGUAGGUACCUACAGUCGACAAUGGUCAUCGCUGAUUGGAUGAAGGAGCUGUAUGUCUGUUAAACAGGAAGGACAUGCUGACAGAAAAUGUUUUGUUUUGAUAUUUAUCAUUUGUGGUGUUUUGUGAUUUGACAUUGUAUUUUGCACUUCAGGGUUAGGGUUAACUCUAUUAAUAUCUUUUGAAAUACUUUAUACUUGUGAUGAAAUACUUCUACAUCUAUUUUUACUUAAUCCAAAGAUCUAAACACUUCUUACAACACUGGUUCAGGUUCAGUUAUUUG